AUGCCAAACAACGGAAACUCUGAUAGCAGAGAGGUUUCAGCGAACAGGGGGAGAGAAGAAAGGAACUGUAUCACACACAGGAGACUAGAGGCUCCCUCUACCCCUGGCAGACCCUUUUUCAGCUUCAACAGCAUUGGCAAUCUUUCAAGAAAGAGCUUCCCUUCCAAAUGGGACGACGCGGAGAAAUGGCUCAUUAGCUCCCAUCACUCCCCACCUCACACUAUAAAGUUUUCUGAGCCUUCCAACUUAAAGACGCACCCUGACACUGGCAGCUUUCAAGGCUCUGCAUCUUUGGACCACCAUGACUCAGUCCAUGCUUCUAAUGGGAUCUCAUGCUCCACGCACACUGUGCUUAAAGAUAAGUUCACAGACAGCUCUGUGCCCAUUUUUCCAAAUUUGCAAUAUUCAGAGCCAAAUGGAGAAGGGUUUUUGUUUGGAGAUAAAGCUGGGGAGGUAAUGAAAGAUGCUUGCAGUGAAGUGGUUCGUAAGGAUGUUGGGACGGAGAUGACGCCUCUUGGAAGUUGCACAACCUCAAGAUGCCACACCCCAUUCAAGAGUUCAUCUCCUGCUCGCCAUAACACUCCUGCAAGUAAGUCAGGACCAUUGUCCUUGGCAAACCAUGAUAACACAACCUGCACCAUUGACCUUAUUCAGCUGGAGGAGUGCCAUUUUGCUAAAUUGCAAGUGGGAAAACAAUAUAAUUCGGUCACAUCACACUGGAGAUCAAGAGAAGAGGAGGAAGAGGAGAUAUCAAAGAGCUUGAGACAUAAUGCUAGCCAGAAAGCUGAUUCAGACUGCAGGGCUGCUACGUGGGAAGAAGAGGAAAGGACCAAGUCUUGUCUCAGGUAUAAGAGAGAAGAAGCCAAAAUUCAAGCUUGGUUAGACCUCCAAAGUGCUAAAGCAGAAGAACAAUCACGAAAGCUUGAGGUGAAAAUACAAAAGAUGAGAUCAAACUUGGAAGAGAAGUUGAUGAAAAGGAUGGCAGUGGUUCACAGAAAGGCUGAGGAGUGGAAAGCAGCAGCCAAACAGCAGCACUUAGAGCAAAUCCAGAAGACCACAGAACAAGCACAAAAGAUUAAGAACCAGUAUACCUCUCUAGUUUUAGGCCAGAAUUCAUGUGGUUGCUUCCCCUGCACUAUCAAUCAUCACUAA